ACGAGCUAUUGAAAUAUCUGCUGAAGCUACUUCCUGCGGGAGCGAGUUCCAUUCGGUAUCUGAUGUGCGGGAGAAUGAGAACGAAGACUGUGAAUUGUUUAAAGAAGGUGCGGGAAUCGGGAGCAAGAGAUUUGCUGGUGAGAGUUCGUCUGUGGGUAUCUCUGAGUCCGUCGUCGCGCUACUCGUCGCCGAUAUCAUAUUUAGUCCCGCCCUCCCUGUCGUGGUCGUCGUGGUCGGUGUCGUAGUCGUAAUUGUCUGUUAGUAAGACAUGAGUGGCUUCGAAGAAACAAAAGCAGAGUGACACCGCAUGCAAACCACGUGCUUUACCCCGCAUCAUUCUCUUCCACGAUGUCGAUAGUUACAAUCCGCAAUGUCGAGUUCUUCAACAACCCAGCAAGAUUCUUGGAUCCUUAUCACUUUCGCGUCACUUUCGAGUGUAUAGCGCCACUUAAAGACGAUCUAGAAUGGAAGCUCAUCUAUGUAUCUUCACCAGGGAAUGAAGAACUAGACCAAGAACUAGACGACUGCCUCGUAGGUCCAGUCCCAGUCGGCGUAAACUCUUUCGAGUUCGAGGGUCUCGCUCCUGAUCCUGCAAAAAUACCAACAGAGGACGUCCUGGGCGUCGCUGCCCUUAUCCUUACAGGAUCCUAUCGUGAUCAAGAGUUUGUACGCGUUGGGUAUUAUCAGAACACGGAGUACGAUAACGAGGACAUGAAAGCCACUCCUCCGGAGAAAAUUCAGUUUGAUAGACUCGUACGCGAUAUAAGCACAAAACUACGCGUCACCCGCUUUCAAAUCAAGUGGGACGUCGUGCCACAAUCACAAGGUCACGCCGCUGCAGGCGCUGCUGCAUCAGCUGCCGUUCCCUCUGCAAACGACCUAGAUGGUGAUGAUGUGGAUCGUACUAGUACUUAGAUUCAAUGUAUUCUUCCUGCAUUAUACCUACGCGCCUUCAUUUAUCGAACACUAUGCUAACGGCUUGCUCCUGUAUAAAAGCACAUACGCAGAUGCGUCCUCCCCUCCUC